AUGGAUGCUAUCGGAUCUGAUGUGUUUCAGGAGUUGGAUAUUGUGAGCAUUACACGACCUUGCACCGAAUGGUCUGCGAUGGUGACAGACAUCAAUCUUCUGCCACAAUACAUCAAUAAUGCAUUUGAGGUGGCUACAAGUGGAAGGCCUGGGCCUGUAUUGUUGGAUAUUCCGAAAGACAGCAGCGGGGCUACACUGCAUUUGCCCAUACAUUUGACCAAUUUUGUAUCAGCAGCUGAAGCAGAAGCUUCUGUGAAUUGUCUGAGCCAAGACGUCAAUUCAGAGCUGCAAAAAGAAAUAACUCAGCGAUGUGCACAACUCCUUAACCGGUCUCGAAGGCCGGUCAUCUAUGCAGGCCAAGGUGUUAUAUGCUCCCCGCAUGGUAUUUCUUUUUUACGCCAAUUAGUCGACAAAGCCUGCAUUCCCAUCACUACAAAACUACUUGCCAUUGGUGCAUUUGACGAAUUUGACGCGAAGUCGUUGCAUAUGCAAGUAAUGCAUGGAGCUGCAUAUGCUAAUCACGCAAUCCAGAAAGCAGGUUUGAUUAUUGCUCUAGGAGCUCGCUUUGACGAGCAAGCCACGGGAAAUGUGGGAAAAUUUGCGCCCGCAGCGAAGUUUGCAGCGACAGAGGGCAAGGGCGGAAUCGUUUAUUUUGAUAUCAGCAUCGAUCAAAUCAGCCGGAUUUUUCAUGUAACUGAAGCUGUCGAGGGAAAUAUUCAAGAAAGCUGGACAGAUCUUUUGCCUUUCGUGGGCGCAGUUGCCCAUCGUCCAGAAUGGCUUGGCCAGAUCGAGCGGUGGAAAAAGCAAUAUCCACUUUUUUCAAUUGGCACACAUUACAGAGCAUCAGCAAAUGGAAAGGUUGAUCCGCAGUUAUUGAUCAGAACUCUUAGUGAAAUGACUCGCCGUCUAUCAGAUAGGAUCAUAAUCACGAUUGGAGUUGGGCAGCAUCAGAUGUGGGUGGCCCAGCACUACAAAUUUGGACCUGUACGUCGGUUAAUAACUUCUGGUGGUGUCGGAACAAUGGGAUUUGGUUUACCUGCUGCUAUAGGGCCAGAAUUGCAUAUCCGGAGACUCUUGUGA